AUGGAAGCCCCAUCCUCACCUUCCUCUACCAUCACUGCCCCGCCUGACUAUAAGGAAAUCUCUCAGAGGAUAGGCAGACUCGUUGCGGAGGCUAAGACAUGCAAUCUCACCCUCCUACACUAUGACGGCGCCUCGAAAUCCAUGGUUGAUUGGUUUUGGCCUGCCGAUGGCGAUGGAAAGAAGAUUCCGCCGUUCAACCUAGAGAUUCAUCGCGAUGAAUAUAAUUUUAGGUACCCCUGCUGCAUAUGCGCUGAUGGUGGUGGAAGAGGGGAGUACGUAGAGUCUGCUGUGUACUCUUGGUGGGAUAAGGACACCGAUCAGACUGAUUGGACCGCACGGUGCGCAUCCGAUAGAUGCGGGUACAAGGUGAAGAUGGAUAUGUACUUCAGGUUACCGACGGUAGCCACUUUCCAGUACCCUCGAAGAGAACAGCAGAUCUUGCCCGUUGCGCUCGAGUGGACCGACAGGGAGCAAACAGAGUUGUUAAACAGACUACGCUCUGCCAUUGGCGAUGGAAUUACAGCGAAGGAGUUCCUCUCGACGAUAAGCUCUUCACUUUCUGGGUCUACAGAGGGACAGCUACACACCAGAGUCAUCUAUUGUUUUGAGGCCAGCAUCAAAGUCAAUGAGUUCCAAGACCUUCGUGCAAAACCUCGGUGUCUUCUCAGACAUCUAGUCCUACGUCACCACAAGGGCAAAAUCCCCGUUCAAACACCACAUUCAGCCCCGCACUCUCCAACGAUCCUGAUUAUUCUUGCUCGUGUUCGUGCCCAGCACCCAGGUUAA